AUGGUGCAGCAAGCCCAAUUUAGUGGAUCACCACUUGAUGAUCCCAAUAUUCAUUUGGCCAUGUUCUUCAAGAUUUGUGACACUGUAAAGAUCAAUGGUGUUACUGAAUACACCAUUAGACUGAGAUUAUUUCCUUUCUCUUUAAGGGACAAGAAUGGGUUAAAUGGGCAAACUCGGACCAUAAUUGAUGUUGCUCCUGGUGGAACUUUGAUGUCAAAGACAGCUGAGGGUGCUACCUAUCUUUUAGAAGAGAUGGCCUCAAACAACUAUCAAUGGCCAACUAAAAGAACUAUGGAUAAGAAAGUUGUUGGGAUUCAUGAAUUGGAGCCGUUAGCAGCCCUUUCAGCUCAAGUUGCUACUCUAUCCCAUCAGAUUUCAGCUUUGACAACCUAA